AUGAAGGAGGCCGAGGAGACAGGCCAGGACAGUGCCAAUGUGCGGGCGCGCUUUCAACAGUUCCGCGAGGAGACGGGGCGGCUGCCCGAGGCGGGUGCUGAGGAAACGGGCGGAGAUGUGUCAUCGGCGGCGGAGGAGGCGAAGGCGCGCGCCAAGAAGGGCAAGAAGAAGAAGAAGAAGAGCAAGGGUGUCGUCGGCAGCAGCGAUGCGGAGCCAUCACAGGAGCCCCACGCGCUGGCAGAUGAGGCGGGGGAGGCAGAGAUGGAGGCCCCGGCGGUGGAACCGCUGCAGCACGCGGCGGCCGCCCUCACGGAGCUGGUAGACGAGGCUGCUCCGCCAUCCACUCGACCCUCGGACAUCCCCGAGGCUUUCCUCUGCCCGAUCACCUUCGCGCUGAUGGACGAUCCGGUCGUGAUGAUGGACGGGAUGACGUACGAGCGCCGCGCCAUCGAGAGGUGGUUGAGCAAAGGCCACACGACCUCGCCGCUCACUGGUGCGGAGCUCCAGUCGACCGUGCUCAUCCCAAACAACCUCGUGCGCAGCCAGAUCCGGGAGUAUCGGGCGCAGCAAUAA